UGGCAGUCACACCACGUCAACAGAAGGGAGUAGGAGUAUCGUAUUGGCGAGUAGUUCUAAAUUGAUAAAAGUAUGGAGGGGAACGCCGAUGUUUGUUUGUGGAAGCCGGAUCCGAGGAAGAAAACAAAGAUAGAUGAAUUCCGAGAAUUGAUAAACAAAAAGCACGGUCUCCAGCUUGGGGAUUAUCAUGAGCUGUACAAGUGGUCAGUGGAAGAAUAUCCAUCCUUCUGGGGUGCCUGGUGGGAGUACGCCAAAUUCGUGCACUCUUCCCCACCCACGCAAGUGGUGGACCCUUCCCUCCUCAUCACUGACAUUCCUCGCUGGUUCUCUGGGGCUAAGCUCAACUUUGCUGAGAAUCUCCUGCGCUUCAGGGAUGACCGUGUUGCGAUUUAUGCCACAGGUGAGGGUCAGCCUGGCAUUACUACCAUCACAUACCAGCAAUUACACAAGCGCGUUGGCAUGUAUGCCAGGGCGCUGAAAGGCUGUGGUGUAAAGUGCAGCGAUCGCGUCGUUGGUUACAUGCCCAACUGCCCCCAGACUGUUGAGUCCAUGUUAGGCACCGCUGCCAUUGGCGCAACUUGGAGUUCAACCUCACCUGACUUUGGGGUUACAGGCGUGUUGGAAAGGUUUACACAGAUCGAACCAAGUGUCCUUUUCACGGUGGAAGCAGUCGUCUACAAUGGGAAGAUCCACGAUCACACUGCCAAGGUCAAGAAAGUUGUUGCAGGUCUGAAGCACUUGAAGAAGGUUGUCAUUGUGCCAUUCGUGCAUAAGAAACAGGACAUUGACAUUUCCGACAUCCCUAAUAGUAUUUUCCUUGACGACUUCCUGGCCGAGUGGGACACAGGUGAAGCCGUAGAGUUUGAGCAGCUAUCUUUCCACCACCCACAGUUCAUCAUGUUCUCAUCUGGAACAACUGGCAUCCCCAAGUGCAUGGUUCACUCAGCAGGGGGAACACUCAUCCAAAUAGCCAAGGAACACAUUCUGCAUUGUGAUCUUACAAGGGAAGAUGUCCUUACCUACUAUACCACAACGGGUUGGAUGAUGUGGAAUUGGCUUGUGGUUGGGCUUUUCACGGGCUGUUCUCUCUUCCUCUACGAUGGGUCUCCACUUCUGCCCACGCCUUCCAUCAUGUGGGACCUCGUCGACAAGCUUGGUAUCACUGUCCUAGGCACAGGUGCUAAGUGGCUGGCCGUGCUGGAGGACAGGGGAGUAAAGCCUCGGGAGACCCACGACCUGUCUUCCCUGAGAGCCAUUCUCUCAACUGGAUCUCCGCUUGCAUGCCACUCCUUCAGAUAUGUCUAUCGGGACAUUAAGGAAGACGUGAUGCUGGGCUCCAUCACGGGAGGAACUGACAUCAUAUCCUGCUUCAUGGGCAGCAACCCCACCUUGCCUGUGCAUGAGGGUGAGAUCCAGUCCAGGAACCUAGGCAUGGCAGUUGAGGCUUGGAACGAGGAGGGGCAGCCAGUGUGUGACACAAGUGCCGAGCUGGUGUGCACAAAGCCUUUCCCCUCCAUGCCCACACACUUCUGGAAUGAUGAUGGCGAGAUCAAGUACACCAAGGCUUACUUUGCAAAGUACCCCCGCACGUGGACUCACGGCGACUUUGUUUCCAUCAAUUCCAAGACGGGCGGAAUAACAAUGCUGGGACGCAGUGAUGGAACACUCAACCCAAAUGGCGUCCGGUUUGGAAGUGCAGAGAUUUACAACAUUGUUGAGCAGUUUGACGAGAUAAAUGACAGCGUGUGUGUAGGCCAGAGGAAUGCAGAGGGUGAGGAACGGGUCGUCCUCUUUUUGAAGAUGCUCCCUCCUGCUGAACUAACACCAGAGUUCAAGCGCCGUCUUGCAGUCGCAAUUCGAACACAGCUUUCGGCUAGGCACGUUCCCUCUGUGAUCCUGCCCAUUUCGGAAGUACCAUACACAGUGAGCGGCAAGAAAGUGGAGGUUGCCGUGCGACAGAUCAUCCAAGGAGAGACUGUUGGAAAUCGAGCUGCGCUUUCCAACCCAGAUUCUCUUGACCUCUAUGCCAACCUCCCUGAACUGCAAGGGUGGUGAGACCCUAGGGGUCAGAUAGUGAGACUCCAGGGAUGGAUGGUGAGGCUGUAGGGGACGUAUAUUGAGACUCGGGGGAGGACGGUGAAUCUACAAGGAUAUUGAGACAUAUUGUAAGUCCACCUGUUGAUCUGUAUCAGUAGCAAGUUAGGUAAUCUGGUUCUGCACAAGGAUGCUGAGGACAAGCCACAUUAUAAUGAUGUGUUAAAUGGAAAUUAAAGAAGAGAAAAAAAGAGGAAGUGGUGAUAAAAACUGCUGAAGGAAUGAAGGAAAAGAAAGUAAACCUGAGACUGAUUUAUGUUGCUGAUUAUGUGCCUUUAUAAGUCUCCUGAUAUAAGAUUUUGAUCUAGUUUAACAAUGUGAAAGUUAAUAGUGCUUUGCCAGUGCUGCUGAAAUUAUGUUCAAGAAUUAAUUAUCACAAGGUAUUGUCUUACACAAGAUGUGUAACAUUGCAAAGUUGUUUAAGCUGUAGAUUGUAAACAAGGGUCGGGGACUGAAAAGAAAAUGUAGAGUAUAAUCAAAACAAUUUAGCAGCAUAGCACUGCAUAUGUAGGACAAAUAAAUACACUGGGGUUACUUUGCACUAUAUUGAUUUACAUAAUUUGAAUAUCAUGUUUUUUUCCUCAUUUUUUAAUGCUCUAGUUUGUGUAAAUAUGAUAGUUUUGAUGAUAACCUUUUGAAAAUCAUCAGGAGUGUGAAUCUUUAGAUGUGUUUUCUCAGAGAGAACGUGACUUUAUUUAACUAUUUUGUUGAGGAAAAUGAGGAACCUAAGAUAAUUAUUAUUAUUGUUUUUUCUCUCUCUCUCCAUUUUUAUGGAAUUAAAGAACAUUACAAAGUAGAUCUGUACAUGAUUUUAACAUAUUUUAAUAUAGUAUUAAAACAUUUGGUUGAUCACUUGUAUUAGAUGUCAAUCUCUUGAAAUGCUUUCAGUCUUGAUGCAAUCUGAGGUGUCACAACUCAAGUCUCAAUUUACUCAAGUUUGAUGUUUAGGUUUUAGGUUAAGUAAAGAUAUGAUCCGGGUUUACAUCACAAACUCCCUCACAAGAGCUUGGACGGUGCCUUCUUUCCAAGGAUUUUGGUAGUGGCAGGGAGGGACUAUUACCCUUGGUGGAUGCCCUUCCAAACCGGCAGGAAUUGAAUUCUCACACUGGGUGACCAACCCUCAAGGUCCCCCAGCCGCAGGCAUUACCGCUGUACUAUGGCAGCCGCUGUAGAUUAAAUGAACCAAACUUCAUAUUUUGCAUUAGCAGGGAGCAAGUGUCUGAGUUUGAUACAUUUAUUGGAAAAGGUGAAUAACAACACAAGGUAUGUUAUUGACAUGUUUCAAUGAACUCUUUAUCAGUAUUGCACACCAUAAUUCAAUGGAGAUUUAAUCAACACGCGUCAUUUACAUUGGUCUUUUAGUCAAAUUACUCGUUCUCAUCUGUAACUCUUUCUACAUUUGUCAUAACGAACCCGAGUGACUGUAACUUGUUUGUGAUUGUUUGUAUAGGUUCUGAGCUCUCAAUACAGUCGUGCAAUGUAAUCUAGGUAUAUAUCCUGUCCUGAGAUGAGGAAUCACAAAGAAAGAUCUUUUACUCAGCGUAGAAAACUGUGAUAGUUGUUUAGUAAUUUUUUUGUUAGGUUUCAAGAUAUAUAUAUAAAUAGGUUUUUAGUUAUGGAAAAAUCUGUAAUAAUUUUAUACAUUUUAUAAAUAUGCUGGUCUAUAUAGAGAAAAAUUAUAUGAAUUUAUAUAGAGGACACACUACCUAUAUGUAUAUAUCUUAACAAAUUAUACACAAAGAGAAAACA